GAGUGACAUUCCAUUCUUCAUAUUGUUAACCGUAUUGUUCUAAUUAAGUAUCUUUUUGUCUUGCACAAGAGCAACCUCUUAAUCUCUUCCUUAUACACACACACACUCUGACCCUGGCUCCCUGGAAUGAUGGGUAUCCAUCUGCAGUUGUGCUAACUUACAGGCUUAAGUCAGGGAGGCAGAGGGACGGUCAGUGUAAAGGAAAGGGGUGGGGAGUUGCAGAGGGAGGAGUGCAGAAUUCCAGAAGGGAAGAAGGGAGAGAAUGUUGGUGAAAGAGACACAGAACAGAAGGGAGCACUCUGUAACGAUCAGUGGGUAGAAGAAAGAAGUGGCAGUAAGAAGGCCUUCUGAAGUGGAGAUCCUAGGCAAGUCAAGAGUUGAGCAGGUGGGACUCUUGUUGCUCAGUACAGAGUGGCCUUUUCUAGGUCACAGCUGAAAGCGUAGGCCCUUAGGGCCAAGAGUAUGGGACAGAGCUUCUCUCUGGAGAUUGCAUCUCAGGACACCAGCACACACACCGAUAAUGAAAGCAGCCACCAGCACAAUAGCACAGGGAGUGAAGGGGGUGAUAGCACCCCUCCCCCCAAACGCAAGGGCAAGUUCUCUACGCUGGGCAAGAUCUUCAAACCGUGGAGAUGGAGGAAGAAGAAAAGCAGUGAGAAGUUUCAGGAAACUUCAGAAGUUUUGGAAAGAAAGAUGUCCAUGAGAAGACCACGGGAGGAGCUGAUAGAGCAGGGAGUUCUGAAGGAGCUUCCUGAGAAUGAGGCAGAUGAGGUGCAUAGAUCCAAGCCCCCGUAUGUGAAGAAUGGCCACACACUGCCUGUAGGAGGCACCAGUGGAAGUGGAAGUCGGGGUAUCGAGCCUGUUCGGCCUACAUCUGAUUUGCAAUUCAGGGUCAAUCCGGAGCGCAGGGGUCGUGACCUCUCUGAUGCAGAGCGACGGGCAGUGACUAGCCAGGAGGAGGGUUGGAGAGGUGGACGGGCAGCAGUAGAUGAGUGGAAACCAAACAUGGGCUGGCUGGGAGAGGAAAUGAAGCAUGGAGGCAGAAUCCACCCAGACACAGAGAGAAAGCCCGGUCUGAUCAAAGCCCCAUCAGAGGAUGGAAGACGAACUCGCCCUGAGGCCGAUUGGAAGCCCAGUCUCCCCCGUCACUCAUCCGCUGAGGAGGGCAGAGGAAGGAGAGAAUCAGACAGCAGUCACUAUGUUCCCGACCCCGAUGCUCUGAGGGACACCCUGCGAGAACCGCUGCCCCCUAAGCAGUCUGUCAUCUCCCCCAAAUGGCUGAUGAGCUCCACCACAGAGUCUGGCACUGAGGCCUUGCCCCACACACCCAUCCACAACCCUGCAACCUCAUUCUCCUCCUCCCCUGUCUCCUCCAACUCUCCGUCCUCCUCCGUCUCCAGCGUAGCCACAAAGACCGUGCGGACUGCCUCAUCUGCUGUGGCCAGCGUGCCCCUCGCAUCCUCCUCCAACCAGUCCUCCACCCAAGGACCAGUGCCAACACAGCCUACUAGGCAGCCCCCACUCCCUCCACCCAAACCAGUCAACCGCACCACCAAUGCUGCCAUGCUGGCUUCCACCCUUCAAGGGGGUGACCCCUUUCCCCUCUACUGGUCCUGCUGGAAGCGUGAGGCUGACUAUGAUGUCUACCUGUCCCUGCCUGUGUACUUAUGCCGUCGGGCAGGAGGUGGGCGCACAGCUGAACUCACGCAGGUUGUAGGAAGUGUCAACCAAGCUCCAUCCAAGCCAUCGCCACCUAUGCCUCCCAAGAGAACCACGCCAGUCACGAAGCGCCACACUGAGAACUCCAUCCUUCCCAUCUCCUCUCUGCCUACUAUACUCUCUCUUGAGGACAGGGCAAACAUCCCAGGAGGGUUCCCACUGCCCCCGCCUCCACAGUCCCCACCUCUCCCCACACACAUCCCACCCUCCCCUCCUCGAGGACACCCCCACCAGCUCCUCCACCAGCACUCCUACCCUCAUCCUCUCCCCGACCCACUGCCUGUCCAUUUUGACCCCCCUAGCCCACAGGAAGAGCUGCCUACACGUCAAGCCCCAGUGCCCCUGCACAUCAUGAUCCAACGGGCACUGAUCAGCCCCGGAGCUGCCCUCCCUCACCUGGAUGCCUCCCACCGUGCCCACUCACUGCUGUUUGAAAACCCUCCAGAAUACCAAGGAUCUCGCCCACUGCCAGUCACCAUCCAGCCUUUAAAAAUGGCUGAAGAUGACUACUCUGAUGAAGAGGAAGAGGAGGAAGAUGAAGAAGACGAAGAAGAGGAGGAGGAGGAGGAGGAUGAAGACGAGCCACCUCCUGAACACCUCCCUCCCCCUCAAAUUCAGCCAGAGCUGGAACCUCGCAGCCGCAGGUGCCUAGUGGGUGAUGUAAAUAUCCGAAUCAUGCCAGAGGGAUCAGACAGCAGUGAGGAAGAGGAAAGAGAGGAAGAUCAGCAGGCUGAUGAGAGCGAUUCAGAUGGCUCUGUGCUUUACAAAGAGGAGGAAUCCGAUGAAGAGGAAGACAGUCCACCGAGUAGUCUGGCCAGCAGGGUGAAGAGGAAGGACACUUUGGCUCUGAAGCUGAGCAGUCGGCCCUGUGCCCCAGACAGACAGAUUCCUGAGAGGCAGACCAGAAUGGAGUACACAGGUCUGUCGUGGCAGAGCAAAGAGCAGUGGGAGGCCAUCCGCACACAGAUUGGCACAGCACUUACACGACGACUGAGCCAGAGGCCCACUGCUGAGGAGCUGGAACAGAGAAACAUUCUACAGCCCAAAAAUGAAGCUGAUCGGCAGGCAGAAGUUCGGGAGAUCAAACGCAGGCUCACCAGAAAGUUAAGUCAGAGGCCAACAGUUGCUGAGUUACAGGCCAGAAAGAUCCUGCGCUUCCACGAGUACGUGGAGGUCACACACGCUCAAGACUACGACCGUCGUGCUGACAAACCAUGGACCAAACUCACACCUGCCGACAAGGCUGCAAUCCGAAAGGAACUCAACGAGUUCAAAAGCUCUGAGAUGGAAGUACAUGAAGAAAGUAGAAUUUAUACAAGAUUUCAUCGUCCAUAACAUCUUCCAUUAACCGGAAAGUGAAAAGUGAAGCACUUGAGCACUGGUGGCAGGGUGUGUAAGUGUGUAAGUGUGUAAAGGAGCUUCAGGGUGUUUGUGCUUCCUGACAAAUUGCCCUUCAGUGAAUGUACUGUAUAGAUACCUGGAACAAAUGGAGAACUUUUUUCCUCAGUCAUCUGCCCUUGUGUAAAUAUGACAGAUGGGAGGGCUGAGAACUGAACAGUUCAGUAUUUCUCCCUGAUGUUGGAGGGAGACAAACAUGUGCCAACCAGAGCACUAGUGGAGCCUCAAAAAUGGAUGUACAGUGUGCGGGCCAUCAGGAGAACAUCUCUCAGGAACCGAGAUCCCCCUAUAGCAGCAUGGGUCUGGGAAAGGAAGGUCAAGAGUGACCAUUAUACUUACAUAUUCAGUUUGUUUCCUUUUUCGGGAAAUGUAUAAAGCCUAACUAAUAAUAGUAUUAAGAAAUGAUAAUAAUAAAUAAUUGUUAGAUUCUGAUGGUGGACUGAGCAGAGUGUACAGAUGGACUUUGCAUGGACAAACAGGAAUAUUUGUGUAUGUGUGUAUAGUGUUGUAAUUUUCUCUUAGGCUGAAUCUUUUAAAUGUACUCAUUAGAAACUGUAAAGCACAAGGUUUUAUGAUGUGUUGUUACAUUUGUGUGAAAUGGCCAGGUUUAUUUAUGCCUCUCUCUUACUUUUGCCCUCCCUUUGCAGCUUAUUAUUGGAAAAGGAGAAGGGGGGAAAUGAUGGCCUUUUACUCUACUUUGGAUUUAUUUUAGUCUUUGAGCAUUUCACAUCAUGAUUUUAAUCUCUCUCUCUCUCUCUCUCUCUCUCU